AUGGCGGCUCCUGUCAACAACAAACCUUCUUGUUGGGAGACUCCUGAAGUGUUUAAACAUCACGAACAGCGUAAAAUAUGCUUUUCUCGCCCCAAAUAUAGAGAAGGGAGGAAGGAUAGAGCGGUAAAGGUCUAUACUAUCAAUUUGGAGUCUUGCUAUGUGAUGGUUCAGGGAGUCCCAGCAAUAGGUGUGAUGAAGGAGCUGAUCCAGCUGUGUGCACUGUAUGGGACAGUGGAGGAGUACAGACCUCUGGACGAAUAUCCGGCUGAGGAGUUCACAGAAGUCUACCUUAUCAAAUUUCAGAAGAUUGUCAGUGCCAGAGCAGCAAAAAGACGCAUAGAUGGGAAGAGCUUUUAUGGAGGUAUUCUACAUGUCUGCUAUGUCCCAGAAUAUGAGACGGUGGAGGACACAAGACACAAACUGCGAGACAGAAAGAACUACAUCAUGAAGACGCUACACUAUAUUGCAAGAGACAAACGACAAGAAGAACACGUUGCCCCAGAGACGACACCAAUUGCCACAUUACCAGAGCAGCCCAAACUUGACAUGGAGAAUGAAUCAUUAAACACAACAGUCAAGAUGAUCAGGGACACUUUGAAACGGGUGGAAUCAGUGGCUGACGUCAAGCCAGUGGUUAAAAAGGUGAAACAACGCCGGAGGAUUUGA